AUGGAUGAUCUACUCAAUGCAAACGAUGGCCUUGUAAAACGUCGCGUAUUGACAGCCGAUGGCAAGAAAAUUGAUCUUAUGGGGCAUUUACACUGUGAUGUUUUUAAUCAAGAAAGAUUUUUAAUAAAUGGUGUAGAAAUGCGUUUGCGAAUAGUGCGAUCGAGAGAUACAUUCUGCCUUAUGGAUCAAACCGAACGAAAUUUCGAAGUUCAUAUAAUUGAUGCUACACUUCUUGUUAGACGUUCAAAAAUUUCACCUGGUAUGUUGUUAGCACAUGCCAAAGCUCUUGCGAAAACCACAGCAAAAUACCCCCUCACACGUGUCGAAGUGAAAUCUAUAUCUAUACACAGUGGUAUAUACGGUGAAACGCUCGACAAUGUGAUAUUAGGUCAAAUACCGAAACGUUUAAUCAUCGGUUUUGUUGAUAAUAGAGCAUUUAACGGUAAUCGUAUGCUGAAUCCUUUUAAUUUUCAUCAUUACAAAAUUAAUUUUUUAUCUCUGUACGUGGAUGGUACACAAAUACCUAGCAAACCGUUACAACCCGAUUUUACAAAGGAGAAAUUAUAUAUGGAGGCCUAUCACACUCUUUUUUCUGGAACAGGAAUUCAUUUUUUAAACGAGGGCAAUGCUAUUUCUCGUAAGAAUUAUCCAAACGGUUAUUGUCUUUUUGCAUUUGAUCUUACACCGGACCUUUCAGCAAACGAUACUACGCAUUGGAAUUUAAUGAAGCAUGGUAAUGUUAGAAUCGAAGUUCGUUUCGAAGAAGCAUUAGAAAAUACGAUAAAUUGUAUUAUUUAUGCCGAAUAUGACAAUAUUAUGGAGAUUGAUGCAUCAAGACAGGUGAUUGUAGACUAUGGUGGUUAA